CAGGUAGGUACAUAAAAUUUUGUAUUAUACUCGUACAGGUUUUUAUCAUACAUUCCUAUAACAGCAUCUCUUUUCCUCAGGUUUCUUCAGGAGAUCUAUCACUAAGAAUGCAGUCUAUCAGUGUAAAUAUGGCAACAACUGUGAAAUGGACAUGUACAUGAGACGCAAAUGUCAAGAAUGUCGCUUAAAGAAAUGUCUCAAUGUUGGCAUGCGACCAGAGUGUGUAGUACCAGAGUCUCAGUGCCAAGUCAAACGUGAACAAAAAAAGGCUAGGGAUAAAGACAAAAAAGAAUACCCUAGUAUUGGCUCCCCUAUAGCUGAGGAAAAGGCUAUUCAUUUUAGUCCAGUGAGUAAUGAUUGUAAACCCAAAGGAUCACCAACUGCAUCUGCUAUGCAGUUCAAAACUCUUGUGGGAAGCAGUAACAUCACUCUAAGUCCUGUAUCCUUAAUGCCAAGGACUAAUGUUAAACCUUUGACUAGAGAGCAAGAAGAACUGAUUCACACACUAGUCUACUAUCAAGAGGAGUUUGAGCAGCCUUCAGAGGAAGACCUAAAGAAAAUCAAAUUUACCUUCGAUGGGGAAGAUACAAGUGACAUGAGAUUCAGGCACAUAACCGAGAUGACGAUCCUCACAGUUCAGCUCAUAGUGGAAUUCUCCAAGCAACUACCAGGUUUCGGCACUCUUCAACGAGAAGACCAGAUUACUCUGCUCAAGGCAUGCUCUUCAGAGGUGAUGAUGCUUCGAGCUGCACGGCGUUAUGAUUCCAAGACUGAUUCAAUUGUCUUUGGAAAUAACUUUCCCUACACGCAAAACUCAUACGAGUUGGCAGGCUUGGGGGAAUCAGCUGGUACCCUAUUCCGCUUUUGUCGCAAUCUGUGUAAGAUGAAGGUGGAUAAUGCUGAAUAUGCAUUACUAGCAGCUAUUGCCAUUUUCUCAGAGAGGCCUAAUCUAAAAGAACUCUCAAAAGUAGAAAAACUUCAAGAAAUAUACCUCGAGGCAUUGAAAUCUUAUGUGGAAAACCGACGAAUGCCACGAUCCGCUAUGGUGUUUGCAAAGUUGCUAAACAUUCUCACAGAAUUGCGAACCCUUGGUAACCUUAACUCAGAAGUGUGCUUCUCUCUCACACUCAAGAACAAGCGACUUCCGCCUUUCUUGGCUGAGAUUUGGGAUGUUUCUGGAUGUUAAUGCUGAGCCACCGCCACUUCCCGGGUGCCAUGUUUCUGAGGUCGACUUACGAGUGCAAGAAGGUUGUGAGUCAUCUGGGGGUGGUGGGUGGUCCCUACACUAUGUACCUGCAGGCUGUGAGUGAGAGACUGAUAAUGCUGUGGGAGCAGCUUUACACUGCCACCCAGAACCCACUUUCAGCCACCUGAUAUGUGUAUGUGCUAGGCCGCCGUUAUGACAGUGCCGUGCAGCCCGCCACCAGUGCAAUGUUGAGUGUAUAAUAAUGCGCCCAGUUUGUCCAAGGGGCAACAUUACAUGCAAUGUAGCUUUAAUUUUUAAUAUUGUGAAGUUUUUUUUUUUUUUUAAGCUGUGAAGGUGACACUGUCAGAUUUUAUUUCAUACUGAACACACGUGUGCAUACAAUAAAAAUGUACAUAAACAUACACACACAAAUGCACAUAUACAUACAUGCAUUCUUACAUACACAUGAAAUGUGUCUAAUAAUAUUUAACUAUAUAAAGCUACAUUGCAAUGUUGUUCAGAUACUGCGCAAGCCACUAUUUGGCAGGCAACGAACUCCACGUGCCUUGCUUACGGUCAAGCUUCUGUUUCCUAUCUAAUUCUCAAGGUGUUCCUGAGAGACUGAGAGAGUGGAAUUUAAACACAAAGGAACAGUGCGAUGUCUUCGGAUCCAUAUUUUUAUAUGACUUCUUACUUGUUAAUUUAAUUGAGCUGGUAUGCCGUCCUUACAAGUACUGUAGUAGACUAUUGAAAAUAUAUGUUAAUAUUAUUGUAAUGUUAUUAUUACUGCUAUAAAUUGUAAUCUUGUACCAAUAUCCCUGCCCUUACACAUGGAAGGUUGUGUAUAAAUCAGCUUACAUUUAAGACUUGAGAAUGUAGUGGUGCAGUUUAGAAUGUGAAAUGGGUUUGCAGUUUGCUCCUAUGAAUUGUGCAAUGUAAAUGGAUUAUGCUGUUAACAUGUGUCCAGCAGCAUGGAAUGGGAUACUCAAUGCCAUACAGAAAAAUAGGUUUAAUUAAUAACAAAAUUCCCAGAUUUAUCAUAUGACACUUUAGUUGUUGAAGGUAAAGAGGUGAAUAUUUCCUCAGUAAUCAAAUUUUUCAAGUAAAUGUUGAUGGUUUACAUAAUUAUGUGGUCUAUAACCUUGUAAUGGUAAAGUAUAUUGCUUCUAAUACACAGGCAUUAAAUAGAAAAAGUUAAAAUUUCCAAUGUAGUUGUCUGUAUUGGCAUUCAUAUCCCAAUUCUGCAUUCAAGAAUGAGAUUCCUAUCCUUAGCCAAUUAGCCAACUUUGUUAUGAAAAAUAACCUGAAUUUAUGAAGAAAGUCUAAUUAGAUAUUAAUAACCAAAUUUGCACGUGAUGUGCACCCCUUUAUCUUCAGUGGAUCUACUGAAUAUCCAAGAAACCAUAGCUAACCCUAAGAAACACCCUUUGCCUUUUUCCCGGAUUAAAAUAUAUGGAAUGAAUGGCAAUUAGAACUUUACAGCUGUUGCCAUUAUCUUCCUAACCCUAACAUGAUAAUCUCUCAGUGGUCACCCUACCAUAACCUAAAAAUGACAAAUUAAAGUAACAGUAUACUAUAUAUAUAUAUAUAUAUAUAUAUGGUAAAUUUGCAGACAGUAGAAAUUUUGAACUUACCUGAAAAGUACAACUGAUAGUAUAGAUUAAGCUAAAAAUUCUUAUUGUAAGGGAAUCGAAUAGGGUGCUGAGGAAAUAAAAUUGUCCAGGGUGCUAUUUUCAAAAAUGCUGUUUCCAGAAGGGCUCAGGAACUCUGCCUAAAAUACUUGAUAUGACAAGCAAUAUGGCCUACUGCAUAGUACUUUAAUAUGGCACAUUUUUCGAUAAUGUUCAUAGGGAAAAUGUGACUUAUGAGAUGUCAUUAUUAGGCAUUCUAUUGCUUUUCUUGUCAGUUAUUAACUUAGGAGCAUAGGUUGUCCUUAUAAACUGUAAUACUCAGAUUUAGGGAUGUCAAUUGAACAAAUUUCCAGAUUUUUCUGUGAUAAAUGGUACCCAUAUCAAAUAAGGAAAUUACAAACAUUUUUAUAUAUGUACAACACUACAGUAAAUAAAAUACAAAAUCCACAUACAAUGAAACUUUGAAGCUACACUUGCAAAAUCAUGUAAUUGGAAUAAUAUAAAUGAUUGAAAUCCCUGAAACUGGUGAAUUACCUACCCUUGGCUUCUCCAUGUUGUGUAAGCCGCCCAUGAUAUCUAGUUCAUGUUCUGGACAGGUGGUGAUGUGUAUAUUUGUCUGUUUAGAGCCUAGGAUAUACAAAAUCCCUUGUUCAGACUGAAAUAUAAUUGUAUAUCAUGAAUCCAGUGCAUUAUCUCCUGUUGUUUGUCCAGAAAUAUUGGUUGUUUGCUACAAUUUCUGUGUUUUAAUAUCUGUAAAGCAGGUUUUGUAAAGCAAAAUAUGUUGAAUGAUGAAUGAUUCUGAAAGAAUGAAGAAGAUAUUCUUAGAGAGAAUGAGUGUAAGUACAGAGACUUCACCUUCAUCAUAGAUUAAGGUCAUCUUCCAUAGACUUUUAGCUUUUCUCAUCUUCACAUCUUCAUUUUUGGUAGCCACUUUUCAGCACAUAUGAGAAUGUAAAGUCUGUGUAACAAGUUGGUUAAAAAUGGCUCAAAAGCUGGGCUAGACUUUAUACCCAAAGAGAUUGCAAUCAAAAAUAUUUGGGUUAUGAUGGCACUCAGUUACUUGUGUUGCCUGCAGCUGUUCCACCUACAUUUCAGGAGAGGAAGAUGUAAUAGAGAUCAGUGGCUAUGAUUGUAAAUAGGAAAAUGUUGGAUCUGAGGUGGGAAAAUAAUUUGAAAAUAUUUUUUUUCCUGGUCAUUUGUUAUAGUUUGAUACCAUUUUCAGUCACUGCAGUUUAAUUUUUAUGAGGUGUUAAGGUUAUUAGUUAAAACAUGAUUCCAUUGAGAAUAAAGGUGUGCCUAGGAUUUUAAUUCUUGUCAUUCAGACAAUUUAACUGUCUGUUGGAGAUAGGAAUUGCAGCAAGGCUCACAAGUUUAGCUAAUGAGCAUGCACCUCUCAUGUCACAUUUUGUAAUGACUGUCCACUUGGUCAAGAGAUAUUUCAAGCACUCUCAGAUUCUUCCAGUUAUUGAGUAGUCUCGGUGCAUAAUACAAGUUCUGUGAUAUUCAUCCUGUAAAGAAAGCCUUUUAUUGAAUAUGAUAUUAAAGUCUCAGAUUGUAUAAUCUGUAAAAACUUAUAAAUGCACAAAUAUUGUUAAUAUAAUUGGUGAACUAUUUUUCUGCUCCAAAGAGCAACGGUACAAGAGCUUACUUUCCUGUGUUCAUAUUUGAAAAAAUAGUGUGAUGAUUUUGAUGUCAUAAUGAAAUCCAUGACUUGAUAAUCCUGUUAAGGCAUUUAUACUGUGUGAGUGAGGAAAGAGCCAAUCAAAUAUAUUAAAAUUUAAGCAGCAUCAAUCAACAAUGGUCAAGUAAUCCCUUUUCAUCAUACAUUACUUGUGAAAAUGUCAGAUUACUUGUUACCUUCAAACACAGCCUAUCCACUGGUUUGUUUUUGUAUGUCUUAACCAACUUGUUGCCAUUAAAUGGUAGGUUUGUGGAUGGAUUUCAUCUGGAGGAAUUAGGGAAGUAUUCAGAGAAGAGAUUUUUGUAAUUAUAUUUUCUUGGUCUACUUUAAAGAAACCCAAGACUAAUGCAUGUAUAAAUGAACCAUCUUGUCAGUAUUUGCUUUUGUGAGAACAUAUAUUCAAAUGUGAUUGGUUGUAACCUAAACCACCCAAUCACUUUUGAAAGGGCCAUAUAAAUGUGUCUCACUGUCCUCUGAUUGGUCAGCUUCUAUAGUCCACAAGCCAAUCAGGUGUCAGUUAUACGUCCAAGCUCCUCCACCAUUAAAAUGAUUGUGACAACUUUUGCUGGAAAUGAGCAACUCAUAAAUAAUUUUGAGAAAGAAGUUUUUAUAUUAAAUUUGGAAAAAUAAUAAAAUUAUCUUGUUUCUUUUGU